AGAAAAAUGCCAGUGAAAUACAUGAAGUUUAAAAAUCUGUUACAAUGCUUGUUGAAAAUAAAACGUUCACUGUUUCAAGAAGUGGUACAUUCAAGUGUAUCAAAUGUCUUCUGCGUGGUUAAUAUUUAUUUAGUUACUGUACUGACAAAUAUAUGACCUAGAGGAUAGGACAAAGUUCAAGCAGAACAAUGUCAUUUAACUAUGCAAAUAUUGCACUUGCACUUAGUUCCCACCUAUGGCUGCAAGUGAAACUAAAACUGUGAGAUAUGAGAAGUCAUUACAGACAGACUGUACCUGUGGAGGAAUGGCGUCCGGGAGAUCUGUCCUGGAAGAGGAGCUCUCCUGUCCCGUGUGCUGUGACAUCUACAGGGAUCCUGUUGUCCUCCUCAAGUGUAGCCACAGCUUCUGUAAAGACUGUCUGGAGAAGAGCUGGGAGGAGAAGAGCUCUCGGGAAUGUCCAGUGUGUAGGCGAACUUCUACAGAUGAUCCUCCUCUGAACUUGGCUCUGAACAACAUGUCUGAGAUCUUCUCACAGGAAAGAAGUCAGGGAGCUGCAGCAGGGACUGACGUUCUCUGCCAUCUGCACAACGAGAAACUCAAACUCUUCUGUUUGGACGACCAGGUUCCUGUGUGUCUUGUGUGUCAAACGUCAGAAACACACAAAAACCACAAACUGCAACCGGUCCAAGACAUUGCAGAUGAGUACAAGAAAGAACUCAAGGAUGCAUUAAACCUGCUGCAGGGGAAGCUGGAAAUGUUUACCGAAGCAAAGCAGAUCUGUGAAGAAAUAGCAGAUCACAUCAAGAUACAAGAGGAUCACACAGAGAGCCAGAUAGAAGCGCAGUUAGAGAAAGUUCACCAGUUUCUCAAGCAUGUUGAAGAAUCCAGGAUAACUGUCCUGAGGGAGGAAGAGAAGGAGAUUCAUAUGAUGAUUUUUGGGAAACCAUCACAAAAAAGCAGAGCCACAGGAGAGGAGUUCAGGUGUCAAGAUGCUUCUUUCGAACAGCACACAGACAAUCGCUUAAAGAAGGAGUUUGAGCAACUUCACCAGUUCCUCAAGGAUGAAGAGGCAGCCAGGAUAGCUGAACUGAGGGAGGAAGAGGAGCACAAGAGUGACAUGAUGAAGGAGAAGAUUGAGAAGAUGACACAAGAGAUUUCAUCCCUUUCAGAGACCAUCAGAGCCGUAGAACGGGAGCUGGGAGCUGAAGACGUCUCGUUCCUGCAGAACUACAAGGACAUUAAAGAAAGAUAUUUAAAAUCCCAAGUGAGAGUGAAGGAUCCAGAGGAGGUUCCAGGAGCCCUGAUUAAUGUGGCCAAACACCUGGGCAACCUGAAGUACAGAGUGUGGGAGAAGAUGCUGGACGUUGUUCAGUACACUCCUGUGAUUCUGGACCCCAAUACAGCACAUCCAAACCUCAGGCUAUCUGAGGAUCUGACCAGUGUGAGAUGCAGUUAUCGGAAACAGCUUCCUCUUAACCCAGAGAGGUUUGACCCAUGCAGAUGUGUUCUGGGCUCUGAAGGAUUCAGCUCAGGGAAACACAGCUGGGAUGUACAAGUCGGGGGUGUCUACCACUGGUUUCUGGGUGUGGUUAAAGAAUCCGUAAACAGGAGAGGAAAUGCCCAUUGGAACCCUCAAGGUGAGCUGUGGUGUAUCGGACUGUCUGAUACCAGCUACACAGCGCUGACCUCACCUCCCACCCGUCUCAAAGUGGUGAAGAAACCCCAGAAGAUCAGGGUACAGUUGGACUGGGACGGGGGCCAACUGUCGUUCUCUGACCCCAGUCAUAACACUCCUCUCUACACUUUUAAACAGAGAUUUAAGGAGAAGGUUUUUCCCAUCUUCUUUCCCGGUAGUGUUUCUAUACCACUGAAAGUUUGCCCAGUAAAUGAUUGCACAUGACAGUGAUGUAAAACAAUGUAUUCUGUCACGUCUCCCGCAGCCGGCACAUCGGCGACACCUGCCGUUUCCUAAUAGGAACGGCAAUAAAGAGGGAAGCCGAAGAAGCCCAGCUGCGGAACCUUGUUUUUUUUUUAUCUCCUUUGUUUCCCCUCGAACCGUGCCGCUGUGAACCUAUUCCGACAUCGACCUUUGCCUGUGUAUUCCCGACCACGUUCUUUGCUUAGCCCGCUGUACUACGUUUACUGAUCGCCUGUUCCACGCCUGUCCCUCGACUUUGCUUUUGGAUUCUGAUUUGGCUUUAUUAAACAU